CCCAACACUUGAACAUAGGACAGAUGUAUUGUGAUCGCCUCAAAACAUACCGGCAAACAUUUAAUUUAUUUAUUUAUACGUAAAUAAUUGUGAAAAUUUUCAUAAAAAAUGGAAAUUUGUGAUAUUUUGAUAGACGACGAUUUAGAAAUUCAAAUUUUAGAUGAUAAAAAUAAUAAAGACUCUACUAAAACAACUCCAUUAAAAUCAGUGAAAGAGACUUCUCAAAUUAAUCCGGUACAGGAGUACCUAUCUAUACAAUUGAAUGCUGUACAAAGUCAAAUAGACCAAACGGUUAAUAAUAUUGAAAUUAUUGACAGUGUUACAAAAGAGAUUUUAUCAAAUUUGUCCAACCAAGCAGCUUAUCGAGCAGAUGAGCUGUUUGAUUUGACGGACUCUGAUAAUGAUUUGUUCUCCAGUACUGGUGAACCAGUUAUUAAAAACAGAAAAAAAAAGAGAAGGAAUAAGAUUUUUGAAAAGCAAAGAGUAAUUGUUGUAAAAGAUGUUUGGCAGCGUAUUGUUGAUGAUAAAUGGGUGAUUGGAGUAGUUAUAAAGAGCACUACCACAUGCGUGCUGAAGGAACCCACGUUAUACAUGUGCCCGAUAGGCCACGAGGACAACUGCUCGGGCAUUUCAGCAUUCUGGACGCUCGACAAUGGAUUAUGGUUAUUAGCGGAGGACAUCGACUCGAUGGAGGAAUUGGUAGCGACGGCAGUUUUCGAUUUACCGCCAUUCGACGCCGACAACACGUGUCACGAGGUGCACGGCACCAUAUUCUGCGAGUUCGACGGCAAACUCUUUCAAACUCCCGUGCCGUCCGUUAAGCUUGAGCCAAUCGCUGUCGUCGACGGCAGUUGUGCCGUGGAUUUUGACCAAUUCAAAUUCAGCAUUUUGACGCUCAAGGCGCUGUCAGUCGAUAAGGUGGUGGUAUUGCCCAUGAACCCGAACUCUAAUACAGGCAAACGAUUGAUGAAGUUUCUGGAAACAUAUGCAUUCCAAGAGAUUGACAAAGUUUGCGUGGUGCGCGACAUUGGCUCUCUGCAGUACUGCAUUCUCGAGGUGCUGCAGACUACGGACGACGGCGACUUGAAGAUUUUCCUAUCAGCCAGGUCGGCCGGUCAGCUCUCUACGAUGGUUCAAUUGAUGCGAGAGGACUUCCCGGAACUAAUAGAUCUGGAAAAGCAGCAAAUGUUGGAUGACGCUGCCGAGGUUCUGUGCGAGGAGCUUCAGCUUUAUCUUACCUGUGACGACGAAGCAAAGCUGCAGCGCGCUCGAGUGAAGACCGAUUUACUCAUUCCCUAGGAUACUCAAAUCUCUACAUAGAUAUUAUUAUUUUUAUUUUUGUAAUCAUUUUAAAAGAUUACUGUUUACUGCGUGCUGAAUAUCAUUUAGGUGUUUUUAUUUUUAAGCUAAAUCGUCGAGCAAUUAAAAUUUAAUAGACGCCUAAAUGGUUUUGUGUGAUUUAAUUAAUAAGUUAAAUAAAUUUAUAUCGAAUUAUUGAUAAUAAACAUCAUG